AUGGAAGAAUACCUGCAAGUGGUCCCAUCCGAGCUAGAGAUCAUAAAGCAGGAUUUUAAGAAAAGGAACUUGGAUCUAGGAAAGAAGAUCAAGCAAUUGGAGGAGGAAAAAAUGCAUUUGAGAUUAGAUGCUGAUGUUCAGAAACUAGAAGCUGAGAAACUGAGGAAAGGAAAGAAUAAGGCAAAAGAAGAUUCAAAUAGCUUGAAAAUGGAUUAUAAGAAGUUGCACUUAUCGAUGAGGACUGCCGGAUUGGGGAAAACAUCAGAGCAGUGGCGACAAGAGAUCCAAGAGGAGAAGGCUAAGGCCGAUAAAUGGGAGAGAAAAUUCCAAGAUACUCAGGUUCUGAAAGAGGCCCUAGAAAAGAGUUUGUCAGACAGCCAAAGUGAAAGAGCUGAAUUAAAGGCUAGAAUAACAGAACUAGAAAGGCUGCUACAUCAACAUCGAAGUCGCAACUCUGCAAUAGAGCUGAAAAGGAAGGUAGAAGAACUCAAGACCGCAUUACAAAGCUUCGAACUCCGGGUUGAACUUCUUGAAGCAAAUGAAAAGCAUUGGAAAGAAGUCGAUGCCUUUUUCUACAUUCAUCUCAUGCAUUUGCAUUUCAUCGCAUCAUAUGCAUUAAAUGUCACAAAGGACCCUAAUUGGUUAAAAACUAUUUCAGUUAAUCUGGAAACUGCCAAAAAUCCGCCAACUAAUCAUCGUGCCAAGAAAAAAGUUAUGGAUCAAAGAUUGGAAAGGCUAGAACAGCUCCAAAAAGAAAUGCAAGAGCAACUACAAACACAAAUGCAAGAACAAUUGGCUAAAAUCCAGCAAGAUAUGAGGGAUCAGAUGCUAGAAUCCCAGAGAAACAUGAUGAACCAAUUAACACAACUGCUGACUGGCGGGCUAGAAAAGGGAAAGAAUCCUGUGAUCAAUGCUGGAGAUGAUAAUGAAGAUUCUCUUUACCCCUCAGAUUUUACCCCGACAUAUGUUUAG